CGCGGGAGAAGAGGCGCGUGGGAAGAGAGGCGCAGAGCAGCCUGGGAGGUGUAGUUUGGGCUGCGCAGCAAUGGAGUCAUGGUGGGAGUUGAGGUUCUGGGCAACUGCAGAGGCCUGAAAAGAGAUUUCGAUAGUGACUUUAAUCUCAGCAUAGGAAGCAUCUGAUUAAUGAAUGAUUUACCCAUUGAGGACCCUUAGAUCCUGUGGAUUCCUGUGAAUUGAUUGAUUCAUCUGUUUGUAGCUGAGACUUGGCACCCGCAACUUUUCCUCUCCUGACAUUUCACCAGCCCCCAGCUCACGGGCUCUGGCUCCCCUGAAGUCCUGGGUGACUUCAGUAUGCUGCGACGGAAACCAACCCGCUUGGAGCUCAAGCUCGAUGACAUUGAGGAGUUUGAGAGCAUUCGGAAGGACCUGGAGGCCCGUAAGAAGCAGAAGGAAGAUGUGGAAGGUGUAGGAACCAGUGAUGGAGAAGGAGCUGCUGGGCUCAGCAGUGACCCCAAAAGCCGGGAACAAAUGAUUAAUGAUCGAAUUGGUUAUAAACCCCAACUCAAGAGCAACAACCGCACAUCUCAGUUCGGAAACUUUGAAUUUUAGAGAUGGAUUCUCUUGCAUGCCAGACCCCUGGGACAGAAUACAAUGAUGACAGAAGUACCAACCAGAUUUAGAGAAUUAAGUGUGUGCAACCAAGCAGAAGGUUUUCUGUCUCCUGCAGGGAGAGGUGACUUCUGUGUGAAAUUACUGCUGUCCAACCUUUCUGAUAGGCUGGAAGCCAAAUUCUGGCUUGUUCCUGGAAAAUUGGACCGCAGAAGGCUUACCUGAUUUUUGUUUUUAAAAAUAAAUUUAUUUUUGGAAAAAUUGUGAGNUGUCCUUAAAGGUAGUAGCANCGCUAAUCGCCAGCUCUGACAGGUAACUGCUACAAGUGACNUCAUUCUCCUUGUCUUUACAAAAAGACCCCAGACCCCGAACCUUUGCAGUUGAUCCCCUGGGCUGACUUAACUUGUUUAUUCACUGUCUGCUGACCAUCCUUCAAGNAACAGAGAUCCCAGAUGAGUGUGCUCAGGCUGCAAUCCAGCACUUGGGAGGCUGAAGUAGGAAUCUCAAAGAGUUGAAGGCUAGUCUGGGCUACAGAGCAAAACCCUGUCUCAAAAUGUCAAAAAACCAAAGGAAACCAAGACAGAGAUCCCUUCCCACAUGGAGACUGGAUUCAAAUCAUCAAAUUGUCAGAAUCAAAUCCACUUUCAGGAAGGCUUUACACGGGGAAAGUACAAGCAGCUGUAACAGUGAGAGACAUUGUAUUCUUCACUUGGGACUCACUUGCGCAGCACCCAUCUGAGAGCUACCCUGGAUACUUUCACACCAUGCCCUAUUUUUACCAUAAAACCCAGGGACAGAACCACCAGCUGUGGAAGCCAGAACAUCUGGAAUCAAGUUUCAAAGAAACUCCUUGGCUGGAACUUACCCAGAAUUUUGGAUAGUUUGAGAGUGAUGUGAAUGGGAAGGUAGAGACAGAGGGAGAUGUAUAGUUCCCUCUUUAGCUCCAAGCUUUUCUACAAAACCUUUAUUCUAGUUUUAUUGAUGACUCCUAAGUCCUGUUAUCUUUGUCUUAGAACACAAUAAAACCCCCAAGACACAGGCUGUA